UAGCGCUCAGCCGCCGCUACUUUGCCCUCCGCCUCCGCCGCGCCGCCCCGCCCCGCCGCCCGCUACCUCGUCGCGGAACAUUGUGCUCUCACCGCCGGCGCCAUGAGUAAGUUGCAGAGUGAUGCUCUGAGGGAGGCGAUCUCACAAAUUACUAAUGACUCCCGUGAGAAGCAGCGUAAGUUCGUCGAAACCAUUGAACUGCAGAUUGGACUGAAGAACUAUGACCCUCAAAAGGAUAAGCGUUUCAGUGGGUCUGUUAAGCUACCUCACAUCCCCCGCCCUAAGAUGAAGGUUUGCAUGCUUGGUGAUGCCCAGCAUGUUGAAGAGGCGGAGAAAAUAGGCAUGGACUAUAUGGAUGUGGAAGCCCUCAAGAAGAUGAACAAAAACAAAAAGCUAGUUAAGAAGCUUGCAAAGAAAUAUCAUGCUUUCCUUGCAUCUGAGGCCAUCAUUAAGCAGAUUCCUCGACUUCUUGGACCUGGUCUUAACAAGGCAGGCAAAUUCCCAACGUUGGUGACUCAUCAGGAAUCCCUUGAGUCCAAGGUUAACGAGACUAAGGCUACUGUGAAGUUCCAGCUGAAAAAGGUUCUUUGCAUGGGUGUUGCUGUAGGCAACUGUGGUAUGGAGGAGAAGCAGAUUUUCCAGAAUGUGCAAAUGAGCGUGAACUUCCUUGUGUCUCUUUUGAAGAAGAACUGGCAGAACGUGAGAUGCUUGUACCUGAAGAGCACCAUGGGGAAGGUGUACCGGGUGUUCUAAAUGGUUUUCCUCGGACUUCUCAAAUUUCUUAAGAUUUCACAGCUUGGACUAUAACUAUGUUCUCAACCAUCAAAUUUUUGUGCAACAAGUGAAGAUUUAGGAGUUCAAAUUUACUAUCUUGGUACUGAGAUACUUUGUUCUGUACUUCUGUCGAACACCAUGACUUCCAUUGAGAGAUCGUUCUGUGAUA